CUCCUUCAUCCUUCUUCCACCAGCACAAACUGAUCCUCAUCACCAUCAAAAUACAGAAAGAAGAAGAAGAAGAAGCAAGCUAAGUUCAGCUCCAAACCAGCAAAAAUGAAGGCAUCAUAUCUGCAGCAGGGACAAGUUAUGGGGCUCCCAAUCACCUCAUCUUCAUCAGCAUCAACUGCUGCAAGAAUGGCUCCUAGGCCUUUACUUCUUGAAGAUGCGCCUCACCGUUACAUGCCAACUCCAGCUCAUCAAUCUCUCAUGCUCAAACAAAACAGAGUAGAUUCCAUGCUCAAAAGGAUGAACAAGCUGGGGAAGAAGGCUGACAAAUUCGCACAUGGAAUCCGCGAACAUGUGAAACUUGGGAACAAGAUCAGCGAGACCUUGAAAGGCAAGUUAACCUUGGGGGCGCGGAUUCUGCAAGUAGGUGGUGUGAAGAAAGUUUUCAGGCAAUUCUUCAGUGUGAGUGAAGGGGAAAGGCUAUUGAAGGCAUGCCAGUGCUAUUUGUCGACAACAUCAGGUCCAAUUGCUGGACUCUUGUUCAUUUCAACGCACAAGCUCGCCUUCUGCAGCGAGAGAUCGAUUCAGCUGUCGUCGCCAGAGGGGAAAUCGAUCCGGGUUCACUACAAGGUUGUUAUCCCAUUGGAGAAGAUAGAGCGGGUCAACCAAAGCGAGAAUGCGAAGAAGCCGUCGCAGAAGUAUAUGGAGGUGGUGACGGUGGACGGGUUUGAUUUCUGGUUCAUGGGUUUCUUGAGUUACAAGAAAGCUUUCAAGUGUGUUGAGCAGGCUAUGACUGCUACUUCAACGUGAUUUCUCCACUCGUUGAAGCUUAGUGUAGACUUUGUUUCAUGUUGAUAUGCAAUGAAGACUGAAGAGGACAUAGUUAGUGAGGGGAUUAGAGCCCACAAAUGUAAAGAGUUUAAGCUGUAAAUUAGAUUUAACAUCCCUUGCGCGGGGACGAUGAUCGAAUUAAGCCAACACGGUUUGAUUCAACGACAACAAAGAGGUUUUUCUCAUCUUAUGUUGUGGCUACAUCUUAUAGUAUUUGUUCAAAUUGUUGGAAAUCGAACUACAGGGUUUUUGGUACAUUUGAAACGGAA